CGCUCUGAGGAGAGAUGAGCUUCAGCGUGGCUCAGGUGAACAUCCUCUACCUGCUGCUCUGCGGCUUCUGCGGGGCUGGCGACACCGCCGAAAGUUAUCCAUUGACAGACUGUGAAGAUGAUGGAGAUUAUAUGCAGGGUUCUGCUGUACAGAGCACUUUGUGUGGACUUGUGUGGCAAGACCAGAACAAGGAGCAGAUCCAGAAUGUUUUCAAACGGUUUUUGUUUCAUUACUCCAAGGCACAGAACUCAGUCGGCUCAGUCGAAAGAGAGUCUCACUCUGUCCACCCACUGAUGCGCCUGUCCCCGAAGUUCGUCCAGCGCAGGAGGAAACAGCAUGUGUCCUCAAAGCUGAAGUCAUGUGGCCGUUCCAAUAGACUAGUUCGGGAUGUGCUCUGCUCUUUAAUUGGAUGCUCAGGGCAGCUGUAACACCUGGAGUCGGACAGACUGACCGGAAUGAUCUGAUGUUUUAAAUGUUUUGGACUGAAUUUCUCACUCAAUUCUGUAAAUAAAUAUAAUAUCAUGUAA